GUUUGACAGCUCUGACAGGAGUGAACAAAAUUUAUUUAAGGAAUUUGCACUAUUUUUGUAGUCGAUUUGAUACAAAAAUAUAACAAAUAAAAAUGUGAAAGAAGUAUCUUCAACAAAUUAUGUACUGUCUGCAGUGGCUUAUUCCGGUUUUGUUAAUGCCAAAACCAUCAAAUCCAGCACUGGUUCAAACCCACGUAAUGUUUAUGGUGUUAUAUCUAAUAGGAUUUUUCUUGGAGAAAAAACCAUGUACGAUAUGCAGUCUAGUAUUUCUAGCAACAGUAUUUCUGAUUUGUUACAGUGGUCUAGGUAAUUGCUUAAUUUGGGCAUCGUACUGUGAAAACGAGAAUGGAUAACACUUGUGCUUGCUGUGGAAAGGAUACUAAGUUAUCAUCACAAGGAUUUGAUAGCUUUACAUUGAUGAGGUGAUUUUAAUUUCUAGCUAAAGAACUUAUUGUAUUUCGGCAGUUGUUAAAUUGAAAUUUGUUGUUGACAGUAGUUAUUUAUUAAACUGUAAAUAUUUUUAUAUUAUAUUUUCCUUAUUAUAUGUACAUGUGAUUGUGUAAUAUUAAGUAUGUUUUUUUACGCCAAAGACUUACUUUUAUAAAGAAAAUGCCUUUUUUAUUGUCUGGGCAAAUUGGAAUUUUGUAUAAAAAAUUCGAAUUGUUAUAUUCAUUACACCACAAUAAAUGACUUUUUUUCCA